UACACGGUAGUGGUGAAUACCUGCCUGAUCAAGUCUGUUCCCUUCUCUUAUAAGCGGCCGUCCCUUCUGACAACCCGUCUUUUAAACACCGAGAGUCAUACACACACACACACAAAGAGAGAGAAAGAGAGAGAGAGAGAGACCCGCCGCCAUGAAGCUCCUCGGCGCCGCUCUGGCCAUCAUCACCACCAUCCUGGCAGCACAGGGUACCGAAGCCGCCUAUCUUUCCGGAGGUGCGGUAUCUUGCCAAUUCGCUGGCUAUAUACUAAUUGCCUACCCUGCCUUAGCAUGUAUGCGUAUGCGGCAGUUGGGCAAAGGCCAACUGUACCCCAGAGUAUUGGUGGUCUAACCCUUGUAAUCAUUGGAAAGACCAUGGGGAGAGUUCUCUCAA